AGGCAGCUGUACAGAAGGCAGAAACAGAACGACGUCCGAAGUCUAGGGAAGAGAAGAGAAGAAACUGUCUCUAAUUCUCGGAUGUGUUUGUGAUUGCUGCUAAAUUUUAUUUAUUGUGUAUUUAUAUAAUGGCUGAUACUACUGUUGAUGCAACUCGUCGAUUAAAUGUUAAAAAGCAAACGUUGGACGAUGCAUACGCGGCUCCAGCUAAUUUUCUGGAAAUUGACGUUGUUAAUCCAAUAACCCACGGUGUAGCAAAAAAGAGGUACACGGAUUAUGAAGUUAGAAUGAGGACGAAUCUACCAGUUUUCAAAGUGAAGGAAUCUAGUGUCAGAAGGCGAUAUAGUGAUUUCGAAUGGCUGAGGAAUGAAUUGGAGAGGGACAGUAAGAUUGUUGUACCACCUUUACCCGGUAAAGCCUGGAAACGUCAAAUGCCAUUCAGGGGUGAUGAUGGCAUUUUCGAAGAAGACUUCAUUGAGGACAGGCGGAAGGGCCUAGAAACAUUCGUCAACAAAAUAGCCGGGCACCCGCUGGCUCAGAACGAGCGCUGCCUGCAUAUGUUCCUGCAGGAGCCGGUCAUUGAUAAAAACUACGUGCCCGGAAAAAUACGCAACGCAUGAGAGCAUAUCGUAAACAUUAUUUUAUCAAUGGUCGUGUGUGCGUAAUUGACGUCAUUGACUCUAUCUGAGGGCAGGUAAUGUCUCGAGAUGCCAUACUCCUCAACACCCUGCAGCUAUCCAAUGUCAUUUUCGGUUAUGUUGCAAAUUGGUUUCCGGCAUCUGCAAUCUCUUUCUGAAUGUGUCAGCAGUUUUUGAGUAUAGCCAUAAUGAUUUGAGUAAAACCAUAGUCAAAUCCAUAAUUAUUCUGAAAAUUUCAAUUAGUUGUCUUAAUGUUAUAAUUGAUUUUAAGCUCACUUCGAGAAAAGUAUAAGAAUAGAUAAAAUUAUAUAAUUUUUAAACUGUAAAAUUGAUAUCAAUCAGUUUUUCAUUCAUAGUAACAAAUCGAUUUCAAGCUCACUCCAAUUAAAUAUUGGAAUCGUAGAUUAUUUCUGAUCAUUUAAGUUCCUGAAACUUAUUUCAGUUUUUAGCUUGGAGUAUUAUCCAAUUCGCCUUGAUGAAAAUAAAUUUUGAAUGAAUGAAACUGUUUUAUCUCAUUUCAAUGAUAUUAUAUCAGGUUUUAAUAAGUUGUAUACAGUGGUUCAAUGGAAAUGCAAUAGGGAAUAUAAUAAAGAAAUAUAUUGUUAAACUUUUUUAAUCGACUUUUCAAUUUAGAUAAUCAAUUUGGUUUUAAGCUUUAUCCAGUUUUAAAAUCACUAAGUAGUAUAUUUUGAUUUGAAUUAGUUAACAGGUUUAAUUUCAAUUAAACGAUUAAGAGUUCGUGAACUCUUUUAUAGAAAUAUUCAGUAUCAUAAUACACAUUGGUGUAACAUUCUACCUAUCUCUGUUGGCGCAUUGAUGCAUCUUGUGUGAUCAUUUAUGAUGCGUGAUUUCCUCCAAGUAUACAUUACUAUUAUUUUGUUAUCUCUUGGAUAACAUUCUGUUUUAGAUUAGUUAAGUAUCGUAUAACUAGUGAUAUUAUAAAAUUUUAUAGAAUCGAUAUUAUUUUGUAUAUUUUGAGUUAUGAGUUCAAUUAUUAUCUAUAACUUUUUCUUUGUCAUGCAGUAGUCAUUUCCUUCUUCACCCAAAGAUAGAUAACGGCCCUUUCCAAAAUGUUUGAAUUUAACAUUUCGUUGUUUCAGUUGAUUAGAAGUAAACUUAACACAACAGUGUUAAUCUUUUUCGGAAUCAUACCAAACAGGGUGAAAGCAUUAAAACGUAUUAUAAUUUACAUAAUGUGAUACUUCCGAUGUUCACUUAGUUUUUACUCUAUUCCAAAUGGCUCUACAUUAUUGAACAAUUAGUUUAUUAAUUUUACAAAUUUCCAGAAAUUGACCUGACAAUGUAUUUGUCUGAUUGAUAGUCUGCUUCUAAACUACUAAAUUAUGUUGAAAAGGUUAUGGUUAAAGAUAUGCAUUGUCUGAGCAAACAUUGUUAUACAUUUUAGAAACGUAUCCCUGCGGCAAAUUGAUAAGUAUCAUCAACACACCCUCCAUCAUAGGACGGGUUUCCAUAGCAAUCGCGUCAUUGCGAUUGUCCAAGAUGGAGGGUGUCCUUCUCGAGGUACCUUUCAAAGUUCCAGGAUUUGGAGCCGAAGAGUAAAGUUUGUUUUUUGACUUUUUAUCUUGAGGUCCAUCAUUUUUAUUCAUGUUUUAACCACUCGGGAAAAAUUAUGGACAUUUAGGAAACAACUUUCCUCUUCGGCUUCAAAUCCUGGUACUUCCAAAGGUUACCACUCGGGAAAAACAAGAAUAAAAAUGAUUGACAAUUUGAUGACAUCAAGAUAAUAAAAAGUAAGAAAAUAAACCUCACUCUUCGGCUUCAAAUCCUGGUACCUCGAGAAGGACACCCACCAUCUUGGACAAUCGCAAUGACACAAUUACUAUGGGAAGCCGUCCUGUGAUGGAGGGUAUAAUCUCUAUUUUAUUCAUAUAAAGGAGCCAAAUACAUCACAUUUAUGAUUUUCAGUCCCAUCUCUAAUUCUAUUCUAAUUUGUUAAGUUUAUGAUUAUUAUUCUUCAUGGAAAACUCAACUGUCUCCCUCAUUAUAUUGUACUGGUGUGGUUAAAAAUUUGAUAUUAUUCAGUUAGCACUAUGUAUCUGUUUUAAUUAUUAUUUCAAAAACCUAUGUUAUCUAUAUGUUUUAUUAAGAAAUUGAGUUUACUCAGAAUCAAAUUAGUUUCUUCGAUUUAUAUCAGUUCCACAAACAUUCACAUCAAAUGUACAGUUAUAUAAUUAUAUUAUAUUUUUAGUGAAUUCAAAUAGUAGUUACUAUAAUUCCAGCUUUGUAAAUAUAUAUUUUGUUUUGUCAUGAUGGAAUUAGAUUUCACACUAUAAUAAAUACUGUGUAUAUUUCAUAGUUUGUGAUUUUGUUAUUUUUAUAAAAAAUUAUAUUUCAAUAGUAUGUAUGAAAAGAUGGAAUUUAAUAAUUCAGCAGCAAUCAUGUCCGGGAAUAAAAGAAAGAAACAUGUAUGAAAUAUAUUCUCUAUUUAUUACUGUGCCAGUUAUAACUGGUUCUCUUAUGUUUAAAAAUGUUGAGCAAUCUCAAUUGUGAAUCAAUUGGAAUUUAUUAUGUAAUUUUAUAUUGUCAGUAAUAUAAUAGAUAUGUAUCAAUUCAA